UUCGACGCGCAGACUUCUCAGCCACUUAGCAGCCAAGUUUCACUAAGGAAUAUAUGGUGAUAUCGUAUAUUAUCUGGUGUGCCGUCGUGACUGUUGAAUAAUCGAUUAGAGUCAGAUUUGUGUUUUAAAAAUUAUGCUUUUCUUCACUUCUUAGUGAGGCAGUCAUUGUACUAUAUUAAAUCCUACGAUUAAUACAGGUAGCAAACCGGCUAGCCUCUGGAGCUAGCUGCUUCACAAGUUGUUAGGAGUCUGUUUAGAAUUAGCCUAGCCUAGCUAGCAUUCCUUUUCCCGCAUCAAACUUCACAGGUCUGCUGAUAACCCAGACUGAAUAAGAACCAUGAAGCUGUACAGUUUGUGCGUGUUGUACAAAGGAUCGAGCAAGGCCAACCUUCUCAAAUCAGCCUAUGAUUUAUCUUCAUUUAGUUUUUUUCAGAGAUCCAGUGUACAAGAGUUCAUGACCUUCACCAGCAGCCUGAUAGUCGAGCGCUCCUCAAUAGGAAGCCGUGCUUCCGUCAAAGAGCAAGAAUACCUGUGUCAUGUGUACGUCAGGAACGACUGCCUCAGCGGAGUAGUAGUUGCAGAUAACGAGUACCCCUCCAGAGUGUGCUUCACUUUGCUCGAUAAGGUAUUGGAGGAAUUCUCUCGGCAAGUGAACAGCAUAGAUUGGCCCUCAGGCUCACCAACUACUGUUCAGUACACCGCCUUAGAUAGCUACCUGGCCAAGUAUCAGAACCCACGGGAAGCCGAUGCUAUGACCAAAGUGCAAGCUGAACUGGAUGAAACCAAAAUUAUUCUGCACAACACAAUGGAGUCACUUCUGGAAAGAGGAGAAAAGCUGGAUGACCUGGUACAGAAAUCAGAGCAUCUGGGAAACCAGUCAAAAGCCUUUUAUAAAACGGCACGGAAGCAGAACUCUUGCUGCGAGGUGAUGUGAUGAAUGCAUCGUGAAAGAUCCGACUCUUCUGGACCACCUUUUCUUUAUCUCUUUAUCCCCCUUUCUCUCUGUCCCUCUCUCGGCCUGGGCUCAGACACAGAGCAGGCACGACAGUUCCAGAGACCUUAUAGUGUGUGUUGGGGAUAGAGAGAAUCCAUGAUAUAUAUAUAUAUAUAUUUUUUUUUCUUUUCUUAUUUCUGUUUUCUUUCCCUCUCAGAUAGGUUAGAGGGACUGAUUUCCCAGACUACACCACACUUAACUGCACUGUAAGAGAGUUUGCUUUUUCUUCCGUUCUCCCAGACGGUCCGCUCAGGCCCUGGUGUCGGCAGGGUUUAGAAUGGAAAAUGCACAGCACAAAGAGAAGGUUAAGACAUAAAAUCUCCAUUGUGCCUUACUUUAAGUGGCUGCGCAUUGUUAGACUGUUAGCCUUAAUAAUGAAUAUUCCAAGCGAUUGGUUAUAGUGGGGGGGGGUCUUUUAAUAAUGGAAAAUGCAUUGAUUAGUGGUGAUGACCAGGUUUCAACGCUCAUGUCUUAUAGUGUGUAAACUUAUAAAAUUGUCAAAUAAAUUGAGUGCAUUAUGUCAGACUGGCUUUUACAUUGCCUGCAUCCUUUGUGAUUAAUUAAAAUCAAUAUUUAGUUACAUUCACAUUCCCAGUUUUAUUAGGAUCAGCACUUAAGUGUUAAGGGUAGUCAUUAGGCUUUUGUUUUUCCAAGUGUGGUCUCCUCUGAAAUCAGUCCCUUACCCUUGAAUGACAUUUAAUAACAAUAUAUAGAUACAGCAUCCAGUUCUGUUUAUUUUCGGACAUGAAUAAUAAAUGUGAAUUGUCUUUAUUUUAAUAAGCGGUGACCCUCUACAAUCAGUGUUGAGUCUAGAAUCACAUUGGGUUCUCCAUCUUUCUAAUGUUUUGAUUCCUUUCUUUACUUCUGCCACAAGCUAAAGUUCUAAAAAUACUAAGCCAACGUAAUCCCUAUCUCGCUACUUUUAAAUUCCUGAAACGUUUGUCAGUUAGGACAAAACUCCUCUCUGUGCUGAUGUACAUCAGAGAAAGGUUUAAGACUAUCAGAUAUCUGGCGUGCAUAGUGUGGCUGAUGUUUUUGAUUUAUUUCUUUUUCCUGAACAUACUUGUGAUUCCAUGGCGUGAAAAAAGUUGUAGUGAUCUGAUGGUGUUUUACUUUAUGCAGAGUUGUUGCUGAAUCUCUGUGGCUUGUGUGUGUGUGUGUGUGUCCCUACGCAAUGUAAGGGUUGUAUUGUAUAAAUCAAAGUGUGUUUCUUUGUCCAAAAAUAUAAUGCGCUGCUCUAGAGGACCUUCUGAGAUGCCUUUUGGGUAAUUGCCAAAUCCCUGCAGCUCAUUCAAUCUUAAUUUGGAGAUUGAAUAGCACCAUGUUUUGUGUAGUUGUGUAUAAAACUAACUUGGCAAAAUAUACUCCUGACAUGUACAUUAAAAAAAAAAAAGUAUUUAUAGGCAACAUAUUGGAUAUUAGGCAUUAAAUAUGCUCUAACAUUUUUCUUCUUCGGUUCCAAUGGACAGCUAAUCUGCUUUGUACUGUAGUUUUUAAUCUUAUCUCCAUUUCAGUGUACUCAUUGUAUAAAUGUAUAAUUAACACUGCGGUUGUAUCAAGUGGGAAAGUUCUUUUCAAUCUCUGAAAAUGAAAUAACACCUUGCUGAAUCUGUGA